AUGUCAACUGAUUAUCGCAGCACGAUAUCUGCACGUCCUGGUUUUAAUCGAACGAUUAAUACGACAUCCACAAAUGCAUUUGGACCACUUCAAUCUGGAAAUCGUGUAUUAAAAAUCGUAACUGAGAUGAGUUCGUCGUCAUUAACUAGUGGCUUGUCACCGUUUGGACAAAAUGCAGCAUCAACCAUUCGUGAUGCUCGUGAACGCGAAAAGAAAGAGAUGAGCGAUCUUAAUGAUCGCUUAGCUGAUUACAUUGAGAAGGUACGAUUUUUGGAGGCGCAAAACCGCAAAUUAAAUGCCGACUUGGAAAUGCUACGUGGACGAUGGGGCAAAGAUACGUCAAGUAUAAAAAUUAUGUAUGAAGGAGAGCUCACUGAAGCACGUAAAAUAAUAAACGAUACUUCGAAACAACGCGAAGAUCUCGAGAAGCAAAUCAAGGCAAUGCAAGAAGAAGUCGCUGAAUUUCGUAGAAAGUUUGACGAAGCGACAAAAGCUCGUUUGACAGAUCGCGAGCGUAUUGAUGAAUUACUCGUUAUUCUUUCGAAUAUCGAAGCUGAAAUUAAUUUACUAAAACGGCGAAUUGCACUUCUUGAGGAGGAAAUUAGUCGUAUAAAGAAGGACAAUCAACGACUUGCUGCAGAACUUCAACGUGCACGUACUGAUUUGGAUCAAGAAACAUUAAAUCGUAUCGAUUAUCAAAACCAAGUUCAAACGUUGCAAGAAGAAAUCGACUUCAUUCGCCGUGUUCAAGAUCAGGAAAUCCGUGAUCUUCAAGCAAUGGCUGCUCGUGAUACAACUAGCGAAAAUCGUGAAUUCUUUAAGAAUGAACUUUCAUCUGCCAUACGUGAUAUUCGAAAUGAAUAUGAUCAGUUGACAAACGCGAAUCGCAGCGAUAUGGAAUCAUGGUAUAAAUUGAAAGUGCAAGAAAUUCAAACACAGUCAGCUCGCCAAACUAUGGAACAGGGCUAUCAACGUGAAGAAGUUAAAAGAUUACGUGUACAACUUGGUGAUUUGCGGGGUAAACUGGCUGAUUUGGAGGGUCGAAAUGCACUACUCGAGAAACAAAUUCAAGAACUUAAUUAUCAACUUGAAGAUGACCAACGUUCUUAUGAAGCAGCGCUUAAUGAUCGUGAUGCACAAAUUCGUAAAAUGCGUGAAGAAUGUCAAGCUCUUAUGGUUGAACUUCAGAUGCUUCUUGACACCAAACAGACAUUGGAUGCAGAAAUUGCGAUCUAUCGUAAAAUGUUAGAAGGUGAAGGAGAUGGUCCUGGACUCAAACAACUUGUCGAACAAGUUGUGCGUACAACUGGUAUUAAUGAAGUUGCUGAUACAGAAACUAUGCGUGUUGUGAAAGGUGAGACGUCAUCUCGCACCUCCUAUACUCGAUCGGCGAAAGGAAAUGUUUCAAUUCAAGAAACAGCGCCUGAUGGAAAAUAUAUUGUUCUCGAAAACACGCAUCGAUCGAAAGAAGAAUUUAUAGGCGAAUGGAAACUAAAAAGGAAGAUUGAUGGCAAGAAAGAAAUUAUUUAUACUCUACCCAAGGAUUAUCUAUUGAGACCUGGAAAACAUGUUAAGAUAUGGGCAAGAGGUCAAGGCGGAGUACAUGCACCUCCUGAUCAGUUGAUAUUCGAUGGCGAAGAUACUUUCGGGAGUGGAGGCAAUGUACAAACUAUCCUUUACAACAAAGAAGGAGAAGAAAGAGCAACCCACAUUCAACGUUCCAGCCAGACUGUAAGUUGA